GCGAUCAGGGAGCCCCUUCCUUUGACUCCCGCGCACAGCGUUCGCUAGCGGAUCGGUCCAUCCCUCUCUUUCUCACUCGGGAGUGCUCUCGGCGCCGCAGUCCUCUUCCUCUCUUUCACUCGCUCUUUGCAUCCUUGUUGCAAUCGCAACUAUCCCCUCCUCUUUCUUGUCUCGCUCGUAAAUCGUGGUGUGCUGUAUUGCUCCUGCUGUCACCUGAUCGCGGGACGCUUUUCGCGGGUGAGAUACCGCUCGGCCACCGAGUCAACUGAGUGCCGCGAUACUGUUGAGUGCCUCCCCGCCUCGGUCCGGCGCAACUUGUCUGUCACUACUCGCGAGACUCUCGCUGCGUGUGGGUCGAAAGUCAGCCGCUAAGAAAAGUGCCAAGUUCUUGUAAAUGACUCUUGAAAGUUUUCUUGGAUCUGUAGUGUUAGAUUAGUGUUGGAGACGUGAAUAUUGAAGGAGACUUUUAACGACACAGGAACUCUCGCUGUCUUGUUAACGACAACCUGCUGGUCGAUCCAGGAGAGGUCGAACCAUGACUUCUGCAAAAAUUGUGCAGUGUCAGUGAACUUACUCAAGAAAAGUGAUUUAUUUGAAGCAUAAAGGCUAGUUCCAGUGAUCGAGUUGAACCGAAGUUUAGUGAAAUCGUGAAGGGUAAUGGCGACCGCAACAAUGGGUCUGCGUCGUCGAGUGGCGGUGAACAACUCCCCCAUUCCGAUUCAAUCAUCCCCCUCAACUUCGAACAAGCGCUCGAGGUCUGAAAACAACAACAAUCCCUCGCAGGGCAAUCUUAAUUCGAUGAGCGGCUCCCGCGAGGAGCCCCCGGCAAAAAAAUCCCGCGGAACAUCAACGGCCUCGAAAAGCUCAUCCACAGGUGCGGAACACGGUCAAACCUCAAAGGGCAGGGUCUCAAUGUCCAGAUCAGGACAAAAUAAAACGUGUUCUACAUCAACUUCAUCCUCAAAUCCUUUGAUCAGUUUGGAAAGUGCCAGCAGUAGCGGUAAUGUGCUACCAACCACAUCUUGGCCAACCGCAUCAAGUAUGCCGGAUCCUGUGUCCUACGGCGGCGUGACAGGAUUGAACGUGACAGGUGGUCAGGCCGGUCUCUGCGCCGGAAGCCUUGGUAUGCCAUCGCCGAUUCCUUACAUGGCUGCAUCGAUGGCGACCUUCGUCGGGAACGCGACGAAUCUCGGUAAGAGCUCGUCGGUCUCGUACCUCGACAUUUCAAACAUGACGAGCGGAUCUCUCAGCUCAAAUACCGCUGGUGGCCUCAAUCCUGGCUACAUGGGCAACAUCAAGCCCACUGCUGUCCAUGAUCUGAAAAAUGGGAUGAACAUUUACCCAGGAAUGGGCAGUCCUGCGAACAAUGGACCUUACAGUAAAAAUCAACCUAGAAGUCAAAAUGUGGAUGCUGUUAGUCUACCUAAGAAGUUUCAAAACGACGCUAUGUAUGAUACUUACCAGCCCUGGGUGAUCAAGACCUAUGGCGAUCUUGCCAAGACUAAGACGAUUACUAUCAAGAAGUACGCUCGGAUAUUGAGGACUCUUAGAGGUGAGGAAGUCAACAGUGCAGAAAAUAGCAAAUUUCGAUUCUGGGUUAAGAGCAAAGGUUUCCACAUCGGCCAACCGGAAGGGUAUGAUGCGAAGCCGGCGGACAGGAUCAUCGGCCGGCAUGCUGUCACCAGUCCCGGAUUGGAUCCUCCUCUUUAUGUUCCUACUCAGCCGCCACACAAUAAGGCUUUAAAUGGAGCUGAAGGCACAGUACCUCCCGGAAGAAUCUUCAAAAAGGUCGCAAUUGUUGAAAACUUUUUCGACAUCAUUCAUGCCGUCCAUGUCGAUCUCGAGGGUCGUCCAGGAAAACAUGCUGGUCAAAAAAGGACCUACAGGACGAUUACCGAAACUUACGCCUUCCUUCCCCGAGAGGCAGUCACCCGCUUUUUGUUGGGUUGCACCGAGUGUCAGCGCCGACCCAGAACUCCCAGCCCCAGCAAUCUUCCGAACCAGCCUCAUGCGAAUACAUCAACCGCCUCAUCAACGCCAACAACGGCUCUUUCGGCUGGAGCAUCCACUAUGACAAACUCAACUACAAUUACCCCGACAACCCCCUUGAGUCCAACCCCCGGAACUGUGCUUUCUACCACUUCCAUGCAAAACAGCCCGAAACCCCGUGAAGCUAGUCACGCAGAGAGCAAGAGCCUCUUCAACUACAGGCAUCCCAAACACCAAAAAGCUCUUCCACCUCCUGAGAAACUUGAGAAGGAUAAGGAAGAUAAGCUCAAGGAAGAGAAGCUCAAAGAAGACAAAUUCAGAGAAGAAAAACUCAAAGAGGAGAAAUACAAGGAAGAGAAGCACAAGGAGGAGAAGUACAACCCCCUGAGCAUUACCAAUUUGCUCAAGAAGGAUCCCACCUUCACUCCAACGACCGAAAACCUACUCGAAUCCCGAAGGACGCCCGAAUCUGAUCGAGCAAGUUCUAGGAGUUCUGCUUCCUCCAAGAGAAGGAGGAUGUUGCCUGAGAGACGAACACCUUCACCGCAACCUUCUCAUCCCUUGGCUAGACCCUGGAGCCCAGGUCUGGACACUAAGAACACUCCUAUCGACUAUAGCCUUCCCAUCACUACCACGUACCUGAAGCACCAAAAGAGAAUCCUCGCUGAGCAAAACAAGAAAACUCCCUCCAGGGAGGAAAUUGCGAUCCAGGAGGUUCGCAAGGCCGCUUCCCUUUCCGAGGCUGAAAACAUGGAGAACGAGAGGUUCUCUCCAGCAGCAGGUCUGAUCGAUACGAACCUGAAUCUUCUUGCCACGAUUCAACACCUCCACUGCCAGGUCAUGUUGGCUCUAACCGAAAGGCUCAGGCCUUCCACAAUCAUGCCUAAUCAUCUCGCUCUACCAGCAGCGAAUCUAAUGCCCAGUUCUAUCUUUGGGCACAAUCCGAUGCUUGGGCACACUUCACUUCUUGGGGCUAGUUCAAUGAUUGGACACAACUUUUCGAUUCCUGCGAGUCAAAAUCACUCUUGAGAGACGGUUUUAUAAGGAGAAGAUUUCAUCAAGUGUGAUGCAGAUUUUAAACAGAUCUCGAUGUGCUUCUAGAGUUGGACCGCAAUUUUGUGAAGAUAGAAACUUGCCAGGUUGUAGUGGACUCUCGAGCUAGUUAAGUUUUCUAGCUUUUGAAAUACAGAAUAUUUAUUUUUUUAUUUAUUGAUAGUUCUUCGUUUGGUUGGAAACGACGAUUUAAGGAAAAUUAUCGCGUGCCUUCAGCGAGAUUUUUUAUUUUUAGAUAUCCUCUAAACUACGAGUAUAGUUCUAUCAACUCCAAAAUCAAUUCUUGUAAGUUAUUUUGCCAAAAAUUCUUAAGAAAUCAAAGCUCAUCUGAAGAUUUAUUAAGUGUAUAGUUGCUAAGAAUCCGUAGCUUCUCGAAGAACAACAGUAGUACAAUAGAACUUAGGGCCUUACCGGUGUGCUUAUGUGAAAUGUCUAGAAGUUCGAUAUUGUUCUGAAAGUAGAAGAUCCCUCAAUGGGAUUAACUGUAACUCUUGAUCUACCCCAGAGAGAUCGACAAUUUAUUUUGUACAUACUCGUUGUAAAAUAGCGAAAAUAGCUUUAAGGUUGAGGCAUGUCCUCGCAAACAGUUUUAAUAUUAUUGUGCUAUCAACGUUAUUAAAUUUACCUGAG